CUUUUUAGAUUCUUUGUCGUCUUUAAUAACGUCUUUUUUAACAACACGCCCCUUCUACAUAUCGAGUUGUUUUUUUUUACCACCCCACUUAUAAUUGUUUAUUAUCACCAUCGACAUAAUUUCGUUCCAAUUUAUAUAUUCCAUAAUAAUAAAAUAGAUAAUUGAAAGGUUGUUUAUGUCAUUUUGAUUUAUAAAAUUUCUUCAUUCUGUGCAUUUUUACAAUAUAAAGAUUUUUAUAUCUAAAAUCAAUACUGUCAUACUCAAUGGUUCAAAUCACGUCCACAAUUUCAUCAAAACAAAAUUGCUCAUAUGGACAUUCAUUUAGUUGUCAUAUUAUUGAUUCUUGAAAAUAAUUUUGAAUUUGUUCAAUAUAACAUUUUUCAUUGUUGAAUCAAUUACCACUAGCCAUUGAUCAUUACACAUGUAUGAUUUUGAAACUUUUGGCGCCAAUUUGGACUAUUGUUUCAUAUAUAAGUUUAAAUCGAACUAGUUCGAUUGAUUUUAGUAAAAAAAAAUAUGAAAUCACAAGAUUUCGCUGGUCCCAGUGAACCAAAAAGUUCAAAACGAUAUAAAAAUGAUUCUUACUUUUUCAACGAAUCAUUCAAUAAAUCUAGAAUUUAUAAUCUAGAAUAUAGAAAGAAACCGGCCGAAUUGGUACGAAAAGAUUUAAUAUCGGCUAUGAAAUUGCCCGAUCAUGAAACAUUAAAUCGUGAUGAUUAUCUUCUCAUUCUUGAUUCUUGGCGUGAAGAAUGGGAAAAAGGAGUUCAGGUUCCUGUAAAUCCAGAUUCAUUGCCACAUUCCAGUGUUGAAAUGAUAAGUGAAAUUAAUAAUGAUCUUCCUUCAUCAAGCAGUAAAGAAUUUAACCUUCCUAAAGAAUGGAUAACUACGAUUAAUACUCCUGAGAAUAACCGCCAAACAUCUAGCUAUGAACUUGAUUUACAGGAUAUAUGUUGGCUUCAAACCGUUCGUGAAUCGGAUCUCGAUUUGGAUCUAUCACAAAAUUUUCUUGAAAAAGUUAUCAAUCUAUUUGAGCAACAUUGUGCUGAAAAUAUUAAAGAUCGUCAAGUUGGCAUUGAAUAUGAUGAGCAUAUUGUGUGUGAUGUUUGCCAGAAUCCAGAUGGUGAAGACGGAAAUGAAAUGGUUUUUUGUGAUCUCUGCAAUAUAUGUGUACAUCAAGCCUGUUAUGGUAUCGAUGAAAUUCCCGAUGGUGAUUGGCUUUGUAGAUCUUGUCAAGAAUUAGAUACCAAUAAAAAGAAACCUCUUUGUGUAUUGUGUCCGAAUGUAGGCGGAGCAUUAAAACCGACAACCAAACUAAAUAAAUGGGCACAUGUAUCCUGUGUAUAUUGGAUACCUGAGGCAAAGUUUAUUGAUUGUAAUAUACUCGAACCUAUUGAAAUUAAAUCGAUUCCAAAUUGGCGAUGGAAUCUGGUUUGUUCGCUUUGUAAUAUUAAAAAAGGUGCUCCCAUCAUUUGUGCCGAAAAAAAUUGUCGUUGUUCAUAUCAUGUAACCUGUGCAUUUAAACAUAAGUUAAAAAUGAAAAUUGUUUUGACCGAUGAAAAAUCUGAAAUUCGAUUGAAAUCAUAUUGCGAGAAACAUUCAAAACAAUGUACCAGCCAAAAAAAGAACAAUGACACUAAAAUUAACGAAAUCGAUUUUUAUGCCGGUUCCAUUGGAGAAAAUGCUAAUGAAACAGAUGGACAAGAUAAAUUGAAUGCACAACAAUGUGAAUUUUGGAAAUAUAUCGAUGUCAAUCAAAUUUGUCAAGAGAUCUCUCAAAUCUAUAACAAUAAUGAUAGCAUCAUAGGAAAUAAUAGCGAAAUUUUUUCAGUUGUUAAAAAUUAUUCUGUUAAUCAAACAUCAUUGAACCAGAUUGUACAGUUGAUAUAUGAAUAUUGGAAGUUGAAACGUUUGGCCAAUUAUGGUAAUUCAUUGAUCAAAAUGACUUUCGAGGAAAAAUUCCAAGAACAAUUAAAAUCUCACAAAAAUCGAAUACUUUUAUUGCGUUAUCAUCUGGAACGAUUACGAACAUUAACUUAUAUGGUCUGUAGACGUGAGAAAAUCAAGCAGAAUUGGUUGAAUACACAGCGUGAGAUUCUUCAAAAGACAUCAAAUCUUGUCGACAAUCCCGAUCUUUCCAUUAAAUCGGAUGGUGGUCAAUCUUUAUCGAUGGAACAUCAAAAAUUAUUCUCCAAAAUAAUAACACAUCAUUCAAUUUAUCCGGAAAAAUCUGAUUCUAAUGUUUUAGAUCGAAAUUCGACCGAAAAAAUGCCAGUUGCGCAACAUGCCAUUAAUAAUAAUCCCGAAACUGAAGCUACGACUUCAGCCAUCACAAAGCGUCGAUCUUCUGAAAAUUCAAUAACAAAUAGUUUGCUUAGACAAUUAAAACGUUUAAAACGAUCACCGAUUUCUAAACAAAAUCCAUAUGCAAGAGUAUAUUUAAAUCCUACAAAAUCAAGAAAGUCUACCCUAUCCAAUUGUAAUAGUCAAGAAGAAGAAACGACCGAAGGAUCAUCUAUCGACAAAUAUCAUGAGAUUCUUGUAAAUUCUGAUAAAUCAGACUUUGAAGAUGAUAAAGUAGUAAAAAAGCAGCUGUCGAAAAAUAACCUCUCAAAUAAUACAACUAUUACACCAUUACUGAAAUGUUCGUAUGAGAAUGGUAAAAAACUUAUGAAUACUCAGCUACAAAAACCGAUCGUUUGCCUUUCAAUAAAUGGCGAUGAAAAUGAAAAUAUAGAUUCAAAUGAAAAAAUCAAUAAUUCGAAUGGCGAUAUAGAUCAUCAUCAUUUUUCUCCUACAUCAAAAAUAUCCAAUUGCCGUAUGAUUAUCCGAACGGGAACCGAUGAUCGUUUACCAUUGUCACAGAAUGGCAACAAUAACAAUAAUAAUAAUCAUCAUCAGUACAAAAAACUUAGACAUCAUGAUCAUCCAGAUUCGACCGAUACAUCGUCUUUGAGUAGAAAAUAUCCUCUUCGAAAUAAAGUCAAAUAAAAUUUAUUUUUUGUUGUAAAUAAAAACUUAUUUAAAAUUGUUAUCAAAUUAA